CACCACUCCGCUUUUCUCUCUCUCUAUAUAUAUAUAUCUAUGCAUAUGUAUAUAUGCGCAUGAAAUUUUGUAUGGGGACCCACAUUUUUGUUCACCAAAUUGGUUGAUUAUGUUGCAGGAAAAGAUCUCAAAUCCUAACCCGAACUUCUUGAUCAAUCAGAUGGAUCAGCCUAAGUUUGGCCUGCGAAGUGGAGGAGUCGGUAAGCUUCCAAGGGAGGCGUAAGAGGGAUAAGGGGGGCGCUCCACCAACUGCCAGCGACCCUGCUACUGGAAAAGCCGAGAUUAAUGAGGACAUUGCACUAGCUGCCAGCGGCACUGGACCAAUCAAUACUAGCGAGGAGAACAUUCAAGCAAUUGUUUGCGACAAUGGUACUGGCAUGAUCAAGGCUGGGAUUGCAGGUGAAAAUGGUCCAAGAUCAGUCUUCCAUAGCAUAGUUGGCCUGCCUCGACGCAAAGGUAUCAUCAUUGGGGCGGGCCAAAAAGAUUUCUUUGUUGGAGAAGAAGCCCAAUCUAAACGAGGUGUCCUUACCUUGAAGUACCCUAUUAAGCAUGGUAUUGUCACCAAUUGGGACGACAUGGAAAAGAUUUGGGAUUACACCUUUAAAAAUGAGCUUCGGGUUGCCCCAGAAGAAUACCCUGUACUUCUCACGGAAGCACCCCUUAACCCCAAGGCAAAUAGGGAAAAAAUGACAGAAAUCAUGUUUGAGACUUUUAAUGUGCCAGCCAUGUAUGUUGCAAUCCAGGCUAUUCUCUCCCUAUAUGCCAGUGGCCGGACAACUGGCAUUGUGCUUGAUUCCGGGGAUGGAGUGAGCCACACAGUUCCAAUUUAUGAAGGAUACGCUGUUCCUGAUGCUAUUCGACGUCUAGACCUUGCUGGUCAUGAUCUUACGGAUCAUCUUAAGGAAAUUCUUACUGAGAGAGGGUAUUCAUUUAAGACAUCUGCUGAAUGGGAAAUUGUUCGUGACAUAAAGGAGAAGCUGGCUUAUGUUGCUCUGGAUUUCGAGAAGGAGUUGGAGGCUGCUAAGACCAGCUCUGAAAUUCAGAAGAGCUACGUAUUGCCUGAUGAGCAGGUAGUCACAAUUGGAGCCGAGAGAUUCCGCUGCCCUGAGGCCCUCUUCGAUCCAUCACUGAUGGGAAUAGAAUCUCUUGGAAUCCAUCAAACAACCUACAACUCCAUCAUGAAGUGCGACAUCGAUCUCAGGAAGGAUCUGUUCGGCAAUAUUGUUCUUAGUGGUGGCUCAACAAUGUUUCUCGGUAUGGCAGAUCGUAUGAGUAAAGAAAUCUCAGCUCUCGCUCCUGGGACUUUGAAGAUCAAAGUGGUAGCACCACCUGAGAGAAAGUAUAGUGUCUGGAUGGGAGGAUCGAUAUUGGCAUCCCUUUCUUCGUUCCAACAGAUGUGGAUCACCAAGGCAGAGUACGAUGAAUCUGGUGCUUCUAUUGUUCACCGAAAAUGCUUUUGAGUUAAUUUUGUUGUUACUUUGGAUCUCGAUCGGACUCGGGAGUAUGCUGGGUCUGUGUGAUAUAUAUGUUAUUACACUGAGAAGUUUGGUGAUGCAGUGGUUUUCGAUAUCAUUUCAGUUGAAACUAAGGACAUAAAACUAUGAUGUUUGCUUUUAUAGGCCAGACAUGCUCCAUGAGUCAUGACCAUUCUUGAUAUCAAUUUGGCAUGGUUUUGCUUUGUUGGUAAAUGUGGCCUUUUUGUAACUCUGGAUGAAAUAAAAGCACUUGGUUCGUGUUUUGCAGGCCUGUUUAAGGUUAA